GGUUGGGGGACUCGCUCAACAGUCCCCGAAACAAAAGCUCUGAGGACACGGCAGAGCGUUGCUGUUUCCGUCACUGGCCCGGGCUCAGGUGGCCGACUGCAGUGGAACCAACCUCUGCCCACUGCGAUCAAACAGCACCACCACGACCACCACCAGCACCAUGCACUUGUGCUGAGUUUCCACACACAGUGUGUUUGUAGCUCGUAGGAGGCAGAAGAAAAGCCCUCCGCGGAUCCACCGGCUGGCCCCUCGCAGCUCAGCCAACCCAAAGGAUUUUUUUCUCCUUCAUUCUUCUUUUUUGUUGGCCCUCCUUCCACUCUUUCUUUCUGUCUUCCGUCUCUGAGUGAACCCAUUUCGACUUUCUCCACUUUCCUCGGGGAAGAAACGCUUCGCCGUCUCCUCCUCAGUGUGCACAGAGACCUGCCCGCCAGAAGCAGCCAUGAAUUCGGAUAUAAACGUGUACCUCGGCCGGGAGAAACCGGGCAUCAUGCGAAAGAGAGCCCUGCUCCUUCGGAAGGGGUGCAGCUUCGAGAUAACAAGCUCUGCGUCUGAAGACUUGGGCUGCAGGCGCGGAGACUUCAGCCGGAAGCACUAUGGAUCGGUAGAGCUGCUGAUCUCCAGUGAUGCAGACGGAGCCAUCCAGAGAGCCGGCCGCUUCAGGGUGGAGAACGGCUCCUCAGAUGAGACCUCAGACUACACCCCAGGAACCUGGAGGAGAACCGACGUCCAUCUGGAGAACCCGGAGUACCACACCAGAUGGUUCUUUAAAUACUUCCUGGGGAAAGUUCAUCAGAAUUACGUGGGCACCGAUGCGGAAAAGAACCCCUUCUAUCUCUCGGUGGUGCUGUCGGACCAGAACAACCAGCGUGUGCCGCAGUACCGUGCCAUACUCUGGAGGAAGGCUGGGACCUUGAAGAUAAGCCUCCCCUACUGUCCUACCAAAACCUUAUCAGUGAAGUCUAUCCUAAGUGCAAUGAACCUGGACAGGUUUGAGAGAGGCCCCCGGGAGAUCCUCAACCCAGAGAUCCAGAAGGAUCUACUGGUGCUGGAGGAACAAGAGGGUUCUGUCAACUUCAAAUUCGGCGUGCUGUACGCCAAAGACGGACAGCUCACAGAUGACGAAAUGUUUAGCAACGAGACGGGCAGCGAGAGCUUCGAGAAGUUCCUCAGCCUUCUGGGAGACAGCGUCACGUUGCAGGGGUGGGCCGGCUACCGCGGGGGGCUCGACACCAAGAAUGACACUACAGGAAUGCAAUCCAUCUACACCGUGUAUCAGGGCCAUGAACUCAUGUUCCACGUCUCCACCAUGUUACCUUACUCCAAGGAGAACAAACAGCAGGUCGAGAGGAAGAGACACAUCGGAAACGACAUCGUCACCAUCGUGUUCCAGGAAGGAGAGGACGCCUCACCCUCCUUCAAACCGUCCAUGAUCCGAUCACACUUCACCCAUAUAUUUGCAUUAGUUAGAUAUAACAAAGAGAAUGACAGUUACAGACUGAAGAUCUUCUCAGAAGAGAGCGUUCCUCUGUUCGGACCGCCACUCCCCUCCCCCCCAGUGUUUACGGACCACCAAGAAUUCAGGGACUUUUUGCUAGUAAAACUAAUCAACGGAGAGAAAGCCACGCUGGAGACGCCCACCUUCGCCCAGAAACGCCAGCGGACCCUGGACAUGCUGAUUCGCUCUUUGUGCCAGGACCUGAUGCCUGACCUGCCCAAGGCUCCUUUCUCUCCGCAGAACAUGCUGAACCGACGCUCCUUCAGCGACGUGCUCCCUGAGUCGCCUAAGUCGGCGCGCAAGAAGGAGGAGGCUCGGCAAGCAGAGUUCGUCAGGAUAGGACAGGCGCUGAAGCUGAAGACCAUUGUGCGAGGAGACGCCCCCACCAGCCUUGUUACCACGGGCCUAUGUCGGAAAGAGCCAUGGGAAUCACAGCCAUUCUGCAGCACGUUCCCGUACGAGAUUGUGUGCGCCGACUCCUGGGGUCAGUCUCUGCUUGUUGCCACGGACACAGCAGGGGUCAUGGUGUUGGAUGGCUGCGACCCAACACAGUCUAAUAUCGAGCAGCUGGCGGCGCCGCCCGUGCAGGUGUUCGACAAGACCCUGGUGGUGAAGCAGAUGCACAUCCUGGAGCCUCAGGACCUCCUGGUCACCAGGGCUGACAAAGGUAAAGACGCUCGCCUGUACGUGUUCAGACUCAGCUCACUGAAGAGAGGACUGGAGGAGAAGCAGGCCGUACGAAGCAAGUGUGACAGCAGGGAGAACAAACUGGAGAAAACUAAAGGCUGCCACCUGUACUCCAUCAACACACACCACGGCUCAGAGCUGAGGAUAGUGGCGGCCAUCAGGAACAAGCUCCUCCUCAUCACCAGGAAACAGCCCCGCCCAGAGGGCUUCAGCGCCAUGGCAUCGGCUGCAGACUCGCCAGUCGAGGAGUUUCAGUACAUACGGGAGAUCUGCCUGUGCGACCCCCCCGUGGUGAUGGCCCUGGUGGACGGGCCCACAGGGGAGAACGACAACAUGAUCUGCGUGGCGUACAAACACCAGUUUGACCUGAUCAACGAGAGCACCGGAGACGCCUACCGCCUGCACCACGUGGACGCCAGCAGGGUCAACUUUGUCGGCGCCAUCGACGUCUACGAGGACGGCGAGGCCGGCCUGCUGCUGUGCUUCAACUAUAGCUGCUACUACAAGAAGGUGUGUCCGUUCAACGGCUCCACCCCCAUGAUCCAGUCCAACACCUCCGACUUCCACUUCAGCUGGAACCAGAUGCCUCAUGCUAUCGUGUGUGCGUUCCCAUACAUCCUGGCGUUCACGACGGACUCCAUCGAAAUCCGGCUGGUUGUCAACGGCAACCUGGUGUACACGGCAGUGGUCCCAGAGCUGACGCUGACGGCGUCUAGGUCGGACAUCUACUUCGUCUCGUCCGCGCCGGUCAACUCGGCCUCCACCUGCAGCUCCAGAGACACAAGCUCCCAGAGUUCCCCUCAGACUCCCACUGGAUACGAGAUGCCCGUGUUUCCCUCACCCCUCAGUGAUGAUUCUAUACGGAUCCCCUAUGGUACCAAGCUUUCCCUGUACAUGUCUAAGGAUGCGGAAGCUCUUCCUCCCCCCAAACUCCUCCUCUGUCCUUGCUCCCUUGCUCUCUCGCUCCCUCGCUCCCCAGGUGAGUUGGCGUGCAAGCACAUCUUCAAGAUCCCGCUCAGCAACCUGGUGGGCCGCAGCAUCGAGAGACCGCUGAAGUCCCCGCUGGUCAACAAGGUGCUGACCGCGCCCACGGCGGCCAUCCUGGGCCCCUCGCCCACCCUGAUCUCCGCCUCCCACUCGCUGUCUCUGUCCCGCAUGGAGAUCAAGGAGAUCGCCAGUCGCACACGGAAGGAACUACUCGGUUUGACCGAGGAGCCCAGCGGGAAGCCAGACAGCGGAGCGGUGAAACAGAGGAGGAUGAGCCGGAAGAACAUCCAGGAGGAGGAGCCCAAGCCCCACGCGCUGACCUCAGUCAACAGCGACAGCAUGGCCCCAGAGUCCCCAGACGACGCGGACCCCGACGGCCAGCAGCAGCACUGCAUCCCCAGCCCCGAGCCGGAGGCCGAGCGGGCCGUGCUGCCAGAGGAGUGCCCCCUGCUGGCCGCCGCCUUCACCCUGUCCACCUCCUUCGGAGACGUCCUGGACCUCAAAUGAAGACAAUCUCCCGCCCGGGCCCAGUCAUCGUUACGCUCCCCCGCCCCUGACACUGUGCAUUGUACCGCGGUCGUGUUUUCCUUUUCUUUCUUUUUUUUUGUUUUCCAAGUUGUGUGUUCUUUCAUUUUGAUUUUUUACAUUUUACGUUUGCAUUGUUACAUUUGUUUAGUUGUGUAUGGUGUCUACGGGUCUCCCCCCCCCCCCCCCCCCCCCCCCCCUCCUUUUCAUCAGGUGUACUGGGGACCAGUUAUUGUCUUGUGAACCCCCCACCCUCCCCAAGGUGAGAGCGAGGCGGCGACAGCGCGAUGUUUACUAAUCAAGAGUUUUGACCUUCGACCCCCUCGACCACCCUAUAGAGAUACUAUUUAUGGUGACAACCAAAAAAACCUGAAUGUAAAUGUACGCAACAAGGCACGACUUCGCCCCUCCUGUGUUCACAGUGCGCUGCGGAGGUAGCUCUGGCUUCUCCUGUGUAGUGUAUGAAGUGAUUGACCCAUCCCCCUCCCCUGAUCCGGUUUCAGAUGUUUUAUGAUAUAUGAACAUGUAUGUGUACAUCUGUUUAUACAUUAAGAUGCAUAUACAUGGACGGUAUGGCUGUCAUGCCUGUGAUGCAUAUAUCAAUAUAUUACAAAAAUAUAUAUACAUUUUAUUACCAUGUUUAGUGAAGGUAUGAUGUUUUACACUCUUCUCACACACACGUCCCUGUUGUUUGCGUUCCCCACAGUAUAGGUAGGUAGGAAGGUAGGUCGAUAGGGCUGGAGCCGCGCGUCCCACAAGUGCCAUUUCCCAGCAUCCUACACUGAAGACACCUCUGAACAACCACCAUACGCCGGGGCCUAACAGUAGCAGCCAUGAUUGUAGUAAACACUAAAUAUUAGGUAUAAAGACCCAGAACUACAUUCUCUUGGCAUCGAUUUGGAGGCACUCCCUUAAAGCCACAUGCAUUGAGACAACCUUCUCAUGAAAACAAUGAGAAUACCUUAAAAAAAAAUGCAUGACUUGCCUUUGCUAGACGUAUUGUGUAUUUUCUACCUUUACACUUUUCACAUACAGUUUGCAAUGCAUAUGACUACCAAUGUAAGACUAAACAAACGUGUGUGUGUGUGUGUGUGUGUGUGUGUGUGUGUGUGUGUGUGUGUGUGUGUGUGUGUGUGUGUGUGUGUGUGUGUGUGUGUGUGUGUGUGUGUGCGUGUGUGUGUGUGUGUGUUAGUGUGUGCGCGUGUGUGUGUUAGGUUGUGUAAGGUAUGUGGAUCUCUACAGCUCAGGAGGCGCAUUGUGAUGUGGUCAUUAACGAUACCAUAAUAACAAUAAAUACAAUUAAUGCUUAAACAAAUACUUCACAAUGCUUUGAAAGAGCAUGAAACUGCAGAGGUCAGUUAGCUAUGUCAUUAUGUCAGAGAUUUGAACAAAAGACAGAUAGAAAGAAUAUAAAAUAUAUCAAUAAUAUCAAAAACUUUAUUCAGCACCUUUUUUUAACAAAGUUCCUAAUACACCAAUUCUUACAGAAGGUAGGAAAAGGUAUGAUGAGAAGAAAAUAUGAAAUUCAAACCGAAUAAAACGUUUAAGAAAAAAUUGAACUUAUUCAAGUUCUUCGAGGAAUUGUGUUGAAGUGGUUUUUAUAGUGAUAAUCCAUCACAAAGGUUUUUUCACACUUUUGGUUGCUUUGAAACAAUUCCUUGGUGACCAUUGAGUGAAAUGGGCUACAACAUCAUCUGGAAAAAUCGAACCGGCCCCAUAAGCUCUUGAAUCCACACGAAACACACACACACAGAGACAAACACACACAAACACAGAGUCCUCACAGCACGGGAAACAAGUAUUAUUUAGGCUCAAGGUGUUAACCAACACUGAGCGGUAGGACCGGUAGGUCAUGGUACACACACACGGUCGAGGUGUUGGAGCGCACAGAAGAGCAGUGCUUUGGGGCCCUCUCUGUGGAUCUAGAUCAUCCUGCCCUGCUUGUCUCUGUGCCUCCUCUGUCCCACAGUGCUAGCCUACAGCUUCUUCCUUUGGACUCUCGUCCCACUUCACCCCUAGCACUAAAUACAUUAUACAUAUAUAUAUAUAUAUAUAUAUAUAUAUAUAUAUAUAUAUAUAUAUAUAUAUAUAUAUGAAUAAAGGGAUAAAGAUCUGGUAGGUGUAUUUUUUAAAAUUAAAACAACCUGUUAGCUAUUUAUUGUUCCUAUUAAGUGUGAUUUGGGAGUGUUUGUUGGCGGCAGUUUGUACCACCGCUUCUCUUGUUAUUGUUCUUAUUAUGAUUAUUAUGAUUAUCGUAUUAUAAUACCCAUCAGUCCCUACAGUCGUUUCAUUCUCGGUUUAUUUGGGACUCCUUUUUUCUACCUCCCCUGUCGUUUUGCAGUGUUUUCUUUUGUAUCCGAAUUAAUAUUUACUGUUUAGACUGUUGCUGAACUUUUCUGUGAUAUCAAAAUGAGUAAAAAAAAAAUCUAAAAACUAAACAAAACACCAAGUGUCUUAAAAUAUUGUAUUGCCAUUGUUUUUAAUGCCAAGUACUACUUGUAAAUGUUUGUGUAUCAAAUGUGGCCUCAAAUAAAACUAAACUAUAUUAUUAUUAUUAUGAUUAUUAUAAUUUGGGCAUUUAUUUUAAGUGCUGUAGACCACUGCUGUGAAAGUAGUUACUUCUGUCCCUUGAUAUGUAAUAAAUAUUUAUGAAAUUUGA